AUGAUCAUCGAAGAGGAUCCUAUUAAACACAUUGCUAAAGGCAGCCUAACGGAGGAAGCAGACACUACAGCGUCUGACCUGGCUGAUCACGAUGUCGCCCCUCCCACGUACGAGGAAGUGCUCGCCAGUACAUCGGGAUCUGUAGACGCACCUAGUACAUCCGCCGCGUCAUCCUCGUCAUCUACAUCGUCAUCCUCCUUUCCUCCUCCUCCUCAGAGACGACCGGUAGAGAAGGUCCUGCCACGCGAGGGUAUGAACAGCUAUCCCCCUCCACCCCGUUCCCCACCCUUCGCCGGCCCCUCCUCCCCCUCCCCAACAGCAUCCACCUCCACACUAAACACACUCCAAUCCGCCCUCGGCAGCGUCGCCAACGCUGUAGCACAGCACUACGCCGCCAAGCACAUGUACGAGCAGCAACGGCGGGAAGAGCGUUGGGCGCGGAGAGAACAGAGGUGGGAGAGGAGGGCAGCGAGGAGGGAUAUGAGGCAUGCGCAGUGGGAAGCGCUUGUUAAUGGAGUCGCUGGACCGGAGGAGGGCCCGUCUGCUGUGUAUGGCAGGCAGCAGGGACACGGACCUGGACCUCAAAGGCCGGGGUAUGUACCCUCUCCACCCCAGGCUCCACACGCACCGUAUGGAGCGUCUUCACCCCCGGCACCGUAUGCGCCCUACGGUUCCCAGGCACAGCGGAAUGGGUGCCCACUACAGAGGGGAUCGCCGUUCGCCCCGCCCCAGGGCCCGCCGCCUGAAGGUCCGAGCUGGAGAGGAGAGCCAAGGAGGGGCGACGCGCAGGGUGUGCAGCCGUACAAUGUUGUAGGGAAUAAUCCGCCUUCGUCUAAGGGGAUGUGAGGGAGGAACGGGAGGUUGUACUGGAGCAGGGGAACUUGAAUGGUUUUCUUUUGCUAGGCUGCGUAGAUAGAGAAUACUUAUAUAUAUAC